CUUCUGGCUGAGUUCAACGUUUUCCAACUGGUUUUGGUAGAAAAAUUAAAAAAAGAAAAAGAAAAAAAAUCUCUUUUAUUCAUUUUAUUUCUCUCUCUCUCUCUCUCUUGCUUGUUGUUAUUAUUAGAUUUCGAUUCAGCUAACAGUUUUCCACUUAUAGUUGUUAAAGAUUCUUCAGAUCUAUGUAAAUUUUAUGGAUUUUUUUGGGUAUUUGCCUUUUUUUUCUUCUCCUUUUAAACUGUAAUGUAAUUAUAGUUCUUUGAUUUUUGAAGAUGAUCGUGGGAAAGAAUCUAUUUUCUCUUCAUUUUCACUACAGAAAAAAAAUCUCUUUUAUUUUUUCUCGAGAGAAUUCGAGUUCCUUUUCACUCUCAUUCACUUCGGUUCUUGAAAGAGAUGUGAGUUUUUAAAGAAAAAGCUUUUUUUUAUAUACAUAUUUUAAAUUUCCACUAUGAGUCUUAGGUAAAAUCUUCAGAUCUGGUCAAUUCUUGUGGAUUUCAUCAAGAUCUCUGCCUUUUCAUGUAGGGAAUUCUUCAAUUUUUUCCCCUUUUUUUUCUUCUUCUUUUCCCUGGUUUUCUCGGGAGAAAGGAAAACAAAAAAAGAAAGUAAAACUGUGUAUGUUCUGGUGGGGGGAAAGUAGUAAAACAAUAAAAGAUGAAUUAUUUCCCAGAUGAAGUUUUAGAGCACGUGUUUGAUUUCAUCACAUCUCACAAAGACCGUAACUCAGUGUCUUUAGUUUGCAAAUCGUGGUACAAAAUCGAAAGAUACAGCAGGCAAAGGGUUUUCAUUGGGAACUGUUAUUCCAUCAGCCCAGAGAGGUUGAUCGCCAGAUUCCCUGGCUUGAAGUCGCUGACUUUGAAAGGGAAGCCGCAUUUCGCCGACUUCAAUUUGGUGCCACAUGAUUGGGGAGGUUUCGUUUAUCCUUGGAUCAAAGCCUUGGCUAAGAGCCGAAUCGGAUUGGAAGAGCUUAGGCUUAAGAGGAUGGUGGUGUCUGAUGAGAGCCUCGAGCUGCUUUCCAAAUCAUUUGUGAAUUUUAAGUCUUUGGUCCUUGUCAGCUGUGAAGGCUUCACUACUGAUGGUCUUGCCGCUAUUGCUGCCAAUUGUAGGUUUCUUAGGGAGCUGGAUUUACAAGAAAAUGAAGUUGAUGAUCAUAGAGGUCAUUGGCUUAGUUGCUUUCCUGAAAGCUGUACCUCCCUGAUUUCCCUGAAUUUUGCCUGCCUUAGAGGAGAAGUGAACUUAGGAGCUCUUGAAAGACUCGUGUCAAGAUCUCCCAACCUCAAGAGUUUACGACUAAACCGUGCGGUCCCGCUUGAUACCCUCCAGAAACUAUUGAUGCGAGCUCCUCAACUGGUGGACUUGGGCAUUGGGUCUUAUGUACAUGAUCCAUUCUCUGAGGUCUAUAACAAAUUGAAAAUUGCCAUUCAAAGGUGCAAAUCAAUCAGGAGUUUAUCAGGGUUUUUGGAGGUUGCUCCUCAUUGCAUGUCGGCUAUUUAUCCCAUUUGUGGAAACCUGACCUUCUUGAACUUGAGUUAUGCUCCAGGCCUUCAUGGUAAUAAGCUGAUGAAGCUGAUUCAGCAUUGCAGGAAACUUCAGCGUCUAUGGAUACUGGAUUGUAUUGGAGAUAAGGGACUAGGAGUAGUGGCUUUGACAUGUAAAGAAUUGCAGGAAUUGAGGGUUUUCCCAUCUGAUCCCUUUGGAGCUGGAAAUGCUGCCGUUACUGAGGAAGGUUUGGUCCUAGUAUCUGCAGGCUGUCCAAAGCUCAAUUCGCUGCUGUACUUCUGUCAGCAGAUGACGAAUGCUGCCCUCAUAACUGUAGCUAAAAACUGCCCGAAUUUUAUCCGCUUCAGAUUGUGCAUCCUUGACCCCAUAAAACCUGACCCUGUAACCAAUCAGCCAUUGGAUGAAGGUUUUGGGGCGAUUGUCCAGUCGUGCAAGGGUCUCAAGAGACUAUCACUCUCUGGCCUUCUGACUGAUCAGGUUUUUCUUUACAUAGGAAUGUAUGCCGAGCAGCUCGAGAUGCUGUCCAUCGCUUUUGCUGCAGACAGUGACAAAGGAAUGCUCUACGUGUUGAAUGGUUGCAAGAAACUUCGCAAGCUAGAGAUCAGGGACUGCCCCUUUGGUGACGCAGCACUUCUAGAGGACGUGGGAAAGUAUGAAACAAUGCGAUCCCUUUGGAUGUCCUCCUGUGAAGUUACCCUCGGAGGCUGCAAGUCAGUUGCUGAGAAGAUGCCGAGCCUAAAUGUGGAGAUCAUAGAUGAGUGUGAACAAAUGGAAUUUAACCUUGACGACAAGCAGAAGGUAGACAAGAUGUAUCUGUAUCGAACAUUAGUCGGGCAUAGGAAAGAUGCACCAGAAUAUGUGUCGAUUUUGUAGGUGCAUUGUUUUGGCUCAGCCAUUAUUUAUCUUUGCUUAUUUAAGUAGUUGUACGUUGUUAGGAGAACCGAUUUUAAUGUAUUAUUAGCUUGUGGUGAUCUAGCCUUUAUGCUAUUGUUGUAAUCCUUGUUAUUUAUAAAUGGAUCUGUUUUAAGUA